AAUAAUGCGUGUUUUCGUAAUUGGAGUUGGAAUGACGAAAUUUAUCAAACCUGGAAAGGAUGAUAAUCCAGAUUAUCCAAUCAUGGCAGCUUAGGCAACAAGAAGGGCUCUUCAUGAUUCAGGACUCACCUUCAAAGAUGUUAAAAUGGCUGCUGUAGGAUAUGUUUAUGGAGAUUCAACCUGUGGAUAGAGAGCUGUCUAUGAAGUAGGUAUGACUGGUAUACCAAUAUACAAUGUAAAUAACAAUUGCUCAACUGGUUCCUCAGCCUUGCAUUUAGCCCAAUAGUUUAUUACAGGAGGACUUUACGAUUGCGCUCUUGCUUUAGGCUUUGAAAAGAUGGAGAAAGGUAACUUGAUUACUGAUGAUAGGUUCUUUAACUUUGAAAUUCCCAGAUAGAACAUAACCUGUCGAUAAAUUAAUAAACUAUUCAGAUGAAUGGUCGACAGAGAAAAGCAAAGGUCCAUGGGCACCAAAAAUAUUUGGAAAUGCAGGAGUAGAGCAUAUGUAGAAAUUCGGAACUAAGCCUGAGCAUUUUGCCAAGAUUGCUUUUAAGAAUCAUUUACAUUCAACAAGGAAUCCAUACAGUCAAUUUAGAGACAAGUAUACUCUAGAAGAAAUUAUUAAAUCACCAAAAAUUCAUGGACCUUUGACCAAACUUUAAUGUUGUCCUACAUCUGAUGGUGCAGCUGCAGCUAUCCUUUGCAAUGAAAAAUUUUUGUUAGAACAUAAUUUACAAGAUUAAGCUGUAGAAAUUGUAGGCUGUGCCUUAACUACUGAUAAUGAAUCCACAUUUGCCUAAAAGUCAUUGAUGAAUUUGGCAGGAUAUGAUAUGAGUAGAAGAGCAGCUGAGCAAGUGUAUAAGAAGACAGGAGUAGAUCCAAAAUAAAUAGGCGCUGUUGAAUUACACGAUUGCUUUUCUGCAAAUGAACUAAUCACCUAUGAAGCUCUGGGAUUGUGUGAUGUUGGAAAAGCAGGAGAAUUUAUUGACAAAGGAGACAACACAUAUGGAGGUAGAGUAGUAGUUAAUGUAAAACUUCAUUCUAAAUCUAUAGCCUUCAGGCGGUUUAAUUUCAAAGGGUCAUCCUUUGGGAGCAACAGGAUUAGCCUAAUGUGCAGAAUUAUGUUGGUAACUAAGAGGAAUGGCUGAAGAUAGAUAGAUAAAGAAUCUUAAUUAUGCACUUUAGCAUAAUAUUGGUUUGGGAGGAGCCUGUGUAGUGAUAUUGUAUAAGAAAUUCAAUCAGAAAAAUGGAAAAGUUAGGGCAGAUUAAUCAGCUAAUCCAGAUAUAUUAGAAAAGAUCGAGGCUUAAAAAUAAUAAGAAAGACCAAGAUUAUGAAAUAUAUAUAUUAAAAAUAAUAGAAUGGAAG